GUUCUCCACACAAUCUUCCUCAGCUGUUGGGAAGAACUUUCAUUUAUUACCAUUUUUUAUUAAUUAUUUUUAUUUUAUUUAGUUUUGUCUAUUUAAUUUUUUAUUUAAUUUUUUUUUCUUUCAAAUUUUAAAAAUGGCCAGCGAAUUUAAGAAGAAAGCCUUCUGGAGGGCGGUGAUAGCUGAGUUCUUAGCUAUGAUGUUUUUCGUUUUUAUCAGUAUCGGCGCCGCUCUUGGGCUUCAUUUUCCCGUUCAAGAAAAAGCAAACGAAACCGUCAGCCGGUCACAGGACAUCGUGAAGGUGUCCCUGGCUUUUGGGUUGGCCAUUGCCACCAUGGCGCAGAGUGUGGGGCACAUCAGCGGUGCCCACCUCAACCCCGCGGUCACCCUGGGCUGUCUCCUGAGCUGUCAGAUCAGCAUCCUGAAGGCUGUCAUGUACAUCAUUGCGCAGUGCCUGGGCGCCGUGGUCGCCACCGCCAUCCUGUCCGGCAUCACCAGCAAUGUUGAAAACAACACCCUUGGCCUGAAUGGGCUGAGUACUGGAGUGACAGCAGGACAGGGUCUGGGGGUGGAGAUCAUGGUCACUUUCCAGUUGGUGCUGUGUGUUGUCGCCGUCACUGACAAAAGAAGACACGAUAUCUCAGGCUCUAUUCCUCUGGCAAUAGGACUUUCUGUUGCCCUAGGGCAUCUAAUUGCGAUUGAUUACACUGGAUGCGGGAUGAACCCUGCAAGGUCUUUCGGUUCUGCCGUAAUCACUAGAAACUUCCAGUAUCACUGGAUCUUCUGGGUCGGGCCCAUGAUCGGAGGAGCGGCCGCCGCCCUGAUUUACGAUUUCAUCUUAGCGCCAAGGACCAGCGACUUAACAGACCGCAUGAAGGUGUGGACCAGCGGACAGUUGGAAGAGUACGAGGUGGACUGCGACGACAACCCCCGCAUGGAGAUGAAACCAAAAUAAAGAAAUGUAAAAAAAACUAAAAAUCUCCCGAAGACGUCAGUAUUAUGGACUUAUUUGUACAAAAAAAAAAAAAAAGAUACAAAAAUAUUCCAAAAUGGGUUUUAUUCUUUGCAGAUUGUUUUUUAAGUUUUGCUUCUUUAUUUUUUGCCUUCGCCACAUACUGUAUCUCUUAACUUCCCGAUGGUAUACAAGACGUAUUGUAUGAUUUUAUAUAUUUUUGUAGGCGAUUGCAUGCGGCAUUACCUAUCUCUGACACUGCCAAGCCGAUAGCGGGCCACUAAUCUCAGGGGGGGGGGGGGGGGGGGUGUGUAAAAAAUCAUCGAGGGGAGGGUAACAUAAGCAAUAAGGAAGGGCUUCCAUAGAGCAGCACUUGUAUAUUUACUGAAUCAUGAGGUUAUAUCACAGGCGGGAUUAAAAACAUUGCACGACAGCGCCCCCACGGAGUAAUGGCAGCAAAGGGUAUUACACCGUAAAAUAUUAAUCAGCGAUGUAAGAUUAGAUACCGAGCCGGUCCGAGGCUUCAGUCCUUCCCUCACCCUUCUGUCAUUUUCGUUUCUGCUCGACUUGAACCUUGAAAUAUAAUGUACGAUGAUUGUUUUUUCAGGAAGUGAAAUAUUUGCGCAAAUCUGAAAUUUACAAGAUACAUUUCAUACGAGGUUACAAAAACAAGGCUGUUUUCCUUCGUAAACAGCGCCAUUUCUGCGCACUGGUUGUGUGCGGUAUUACAGCUCUGCACCAAUCCGUUAAGCUGAGCUGCAAUACCAGGCACGGCCUGUGGGCAGGUGUGGCGCAGUUUUUUUGGAAGAAAGCUGACACCCUGCACCGCUGCCUCUUUCUAGGCAAGUGGCUUCCAGUUCGCUGGUCACAUGGCCUAGGCGCAGCUUAGUUCCAUUUAAGUGAAAGGGGCUGAGCUGCAAUACCAAGCGCGGCCACUACACAGUCUAUGGCGCUGUGCUUGGUGCUCACCAGCUGAUCGGGAGUCAUCAAAAUCUUGGAAAUGCCCCUUUAAGGAAAAUUCCACUAGGAUACAUUUUCACAGAUAAAAGAUACAAAUGUUGAAUUACCGUAGAAGUUUUAUACUCCAGUCACAUCCAAAGCUGCACUCACAAUUCUGUCGUCCUGUUAGCAAAGCAUUGUGGGAGCUUUUUAAUCGUUCUACCGCCUGCAGAAUAAGAGAAAUAAACGUCUUUUUUCCCCCUUGGCAAUUAGCAGAAUUUUGAAUGCUGCUUCGGCUGUGACUAGAGUAUGCCGAUUUCUCACAGCUAGUCAAUAGUUUAUGCUCAUUUACGAUGCCAGAUGCUGUAGAGAAGUGGAGCAAUAGGCGUCUCUUAAAUAUCAGCAUGAGGUGGGAUUACAAGAACAUUUCGGGGGGGGGGAGGGGAUAAGACUUGUACAUGUUUUACGGAUUUGUGGAAAUGCGACUAAUAUCUAAUCCGCCCCUAGACUGACUGCAGAAGUAUCUACCAGCUGUGGAGAGAAUAUCUAGAACUCUAUAUUUUUUAUGUAAUUUUUUAAAAUUUUCUAAGUAUCCCUUUAAGUCCCAGGAUCCCGCCGCCUGACGACGAAACGUGUAUAUUACCGUAAACCUCUCAGGAUGAGACGGCGAUCCUUGUCCGGCCGCUGCUCAGUAACACUGCUAGUUGUCAGACGGCACUCGGGGAUCCUAGGACUGGACCUGAUACGUGUUCUGUUAUUAUCCCGCAUUGUACAUACAUUGAAGAUGAAUAAAAUAAGCUUCUACUAACA